AUGGCAACAGCGGCUCUUCUCAACCCGAGUCCAGCGUAUCCUCACACGGCGCCAUUCACGUUCUCCCAACCUCAGCAUCACAGCCAUCACCCGCCUCAUCCCCCACGUCCACCGCUUACAGCUGUCUCCGUGCCGGGCAUGGGCCCUCCACCAGAGAGCCGCACAUUGGCCCAGGACAACGAUGCCUCACAGAGACAGUCGCUCCCGUCGUUAUCUGAGGUCUUUUCGACAACGAAGACGACACCCUACUCACCGAAGCCGGCACCAAUAAAUGGCUUGACCUCGCAAGCACCUGGGCCGUCGUUCCAUGCUGCACAUAGUCGCCAAGAGUCCCUCCAAGACACGCGGCCACCUCAUCAACCGUUGGAGGAUAAAUUCUUCCGUUUCACACAGCGGCCUGACAGCAGCGCAUCGGCACAUCCCACGGGGCCACCGCCUUACAUCGAGCAACGUGACUUGUCGAAAGCUUCAGAGCCAUUGCGUCCGGAGCCGAACCAUGUUGCCGGUCCUCCUGCUCCUUUACCUCCAUCAGGACCGCGCACUUCCCUCAGCCAGCCAACACAACUGCCGCCUGGACAGUAUCCCCUGAGCCAACCCUCGGUCUCACCUCGUCAUAAUGGUCCUUUUCCUUCGUACGAGCCUCAAGGACCUCCACCACCAACCGAGGCCGACUACGUAAGGAACCGGUACGACCAUACGACGGUGAACCGGCAUAUUGAGGCAUGGAGCUACCAGGACUGUCUGAACAAGAUUGCUUGGCACGCGCGAACAGUGUCUAAUUUUGCUGAAGCUUACAGCAAGAUUGCUUCGGAGCAGCACGGCGGUCAUACGAUACCCGAACGACUUCCUUCUGACAGCGAGGUCAUUGACAUGCUCUCAAACGUGGACUUUAUCAAGCAAUCAUUGACGAACGUCCGCGAUCUUGUCCAGCAGAGCAUAGCAAGUGAGAAGGCAAGACAGCUUGGCCGGCCCAAACACGCGUACGAUGGAGAUGAAGAUGUCACCAUGUAUGCCGACGGAUCCUCGAACAAGAGUUAUGGCAUUGGCGAGGUCAAGAAGCGGCGAGGGCGUGCCGCACCUCCCGGACGAUGCCAUAGCUGUAACCGGAUCGACACUCCCGAAUGGCGCCGCGGUCCUGACGGCGCGAGGACGCUCUGCAAUGCCUGUGGCCUUCACUACGCAAAGCUGGAACGCAAGCGCCAGAUGGAGCAACGCUCGAUCCGGCCAAAAGGAGUAGAAGACCGUGCCUAG